AUGUCGCGGCAACCCAACAUGCGAGACCGCGGCGCAGCAUUCCCAGCCGCCUUCACCGAUAAGAAGGGUUGCUUUCGGUGUGGAGAGCAGGGACAUAUUGCUCGUGCUUGCAAGGUUCGAGUUGGCCAGAUCAAGACUGAUGCUGAGGUGGCUGCGGAUGAGGCGAAGGCUAUGGCUGGCCGAUACGGUGACCGCGACGACGAUAGGCACUGGUCGCCCAGGCACGAUGCUGCCUUCCGAAUCAGUCGCACGAGAGAUACCAGCCGACUGGAAGCUCACAUCCAGCAAGCGUACGGCCAAGGUCAAGAUGCGCAGCAACAUCGUCAGGAGCACUUCAGUGAGGCGCCUUCUCGUCCAGAGUACUUCGUCGAGGACGAAGUGGACUGGGACGACGACGCUUUAGAGACGGCCCACGUCGCUCCCGCGGUGAGAAUGAGUACCGGUCGGAAGAUGCCACAGCCUGAGUAUCCGAGGCAUGAGGAGCCCUAUCGCCGCCAGGAAGUCCCCAAAUCACCUUCCACAAUCACUCAGCAUGCGCCAGUUCAGUCGACGCACCGCAGACCCAGCCAAACGCCCAGCAUAGCAAAGUCAGCCAGAGAGCCCAAGCUAGGAUUACCGCACCUCCAGAAUCCAGAGAACGGGGAGUUCCCGCCGACAGUGCACGACCUCCGCGGCUACGACUACCGCAUCUUCGCCACGUAUGCCGCCAAGCCCAAGUCCCAGCGCUUCGUCAACGGCGCCAACGGCAAGAUUGCACCGGGCAUGUAUGGCUCCGAGCAGCGCCACGACUUGGGGCUUUGCUUCACCACGUACCUUACGAAGAAGCGUUGUGAGAUGGGUGUCAAGUGUCCCUGGCGCCAUCACCCGCUUUCGAACACCGAAAAGGCUUGGAUCAUCGAGUAUGGCAAGCAGAAGGGCAAGGAGUUCAUUGAAAACGUGGAUCGGUGGUGGAACUUCCCCGAGACGCCGGUUCCGGGGACCACUAUGGAGGGCCUGGGUGACAACAAUAACUAG